CAUCAAAUUACAAUAUUUUCAAGGGCAGGAAGAAGUGGAUGGUUAUUGAACACCAUAGACUGACUUUGCCCAGAAUCAACGAGAGCUACGCCUACCAUAACCAUGAGCUUGUGCUUUUGCUCAAUGCUGAAACCUUCCUACCUCCAUCGCCAACCUUGUUUCCUUUCUCCAUGGACUGCCAACCCUAAUCUCAAACCGAUUCAGUGCUUCAAUUUCCAAAUUCGCGGCAAAGAUUGUACUUUCAAGGCUACUGAUGCGGAUGGCGUGGGAAUACUUUACUCAGACUACACCGUUGCUGAGCGGACACCUCUCGAUGUCGACUCAAACACUCAGGAACUUGGCGCAGUCAAUGGAGUCGCAGGUGCGGCGACCGAAGAAUCUCUCGGAACAACGCAAACUCAGUUGAAAAAAUCAGAAGGAAAGACACGAAUUGCGGAGGAAAGUGAUGAAGAAAAUCGGUACAAGCUGCGAAAUGGACGUGAGGUGUUUGAAGAGAAAGCUUAUUUAGUUGGUGUGGCAAGAAAAGGCGACACUGAUGGAAUCUUUGGUAUAGAAGAUUCUCUAAGCGAAUUAGAGCAGCUAGCUGACACUGCUGGAUUGGUUGUUGUUGGAUCUACUUAUCAAAAGCUUGCAACACCGAACCCGAGGACAUACAUAGGAUCGGGGAAGGUUGCAGAGAUUAAGAGUGCUAUACAUGCAUUUGGUGUCGAGACAGUGAUUUUCGAUGACGAGCUGUCACCAGGGCAACUGCGAAACUUGGAGAAGACCUUUGGUGGCGAUGUCAGGGUGUGUGACCGGACUGCCCUCAUCCUCGAUAUUUUUAACCAGCGAGCAGCCACGCGUGAAGCUUCUUUACAGGUUACACUGGCUCAGAUGGAAUACCAAUUGCCUCGGUUAACAAGAAUGUGGACCCAUCUCGAGCGCCAAGCUGGAGGGCAAGUGAAGGGUAUGGGUGAGAAACAAAUAGAAGUUGAUAAGCGUAUAUUACGUGAUCAGAUUGCUGCUCUCAAGAAAGAGAUAGAAUCUGUUCGUAAGCAUCGCAAGCAGUACCGAAACCGGCGAGUUGCUGUCCCAGUUCCUGUUGUAUCUCUGGUUGGGUACACAAAUGCUGGAAAGAGUACACUUUUAAAUCGAUUGACUGGAGCUAAUGUUCAUGCUGAGGAUAAGCUAUUUGCAACACUUGAUCCCACUACAAGAAGGGUGCAGAUGAAAAAUAGGAAGGAGUUUCUUUUGACAGACACUGUAGGCUUCAUUCAAAAGUUACCAACAACACUGGUAGCUGCUUUUAGGGCAACUCUAGAAGAGAUAUCCGAGUCGUCACUCUUGGUGCACGUGGUUGAUAUAAGCCAUCCUAUGGCAGAACAACAAAUUGAGGCUGUGAAUAAAGUCCUUGCAGAACUCGACACGACAUCAAUUCCACAGUUGAUUGUAUGGAACAAGGUUGAUAAUGUAAAGCACCCAGAAAAAAUCAAGUCAGUAGCUGAGGAAAACUCCGAUGUCGUGUGUGUGUCUGCUUUAACUGGUGAGGGAUUGGAGGAUUUCUGCAAUGCAGUUCAAGAAAAACUAAAGGAUAUGAUGGUAUGGGUGGAAGCUCUGAUUCCUUUUGAGAAAGGAGAACUCUUGAACACCAUACAUCAUGUUGGCAUGGUUGAAAAAACUGAAUACGUUGAGAGCGGAGCUUUGGUUAGAGCUCAUGUCCCGCUCCGGAUUGCAAGACUUCUCACUCCAAUGAGACAAGUUUGCCAUCCAUAGCAUGCUUGCAAAAGCUUUGUAAAGCUGAAAAUGUUGUAAGAAGACUAAGAUGUCCCUGUCCAUGCUAUUUCCGGUACUUAAUGAUACAGAGGCAAAAUAAGGCAGCAAUCAUCACCCAACAUUAACGAUAUCCCACUCUUUCCCAACAGAUGCUAAAAAAAUUGGUCUCGGGAUAAAGGUACCAGAGCAAUCUCUUCUCUAUAUUUAGCCAGUGCUUUUGUAUAUAGUAAUCGUACAGCUCAUCUCAUUUGCCUUUUGAAACGAUCGAAGAAUGUGAAUGUAAUGAUAUGUUGUUAGCAUAUUUUUUUACACUGAAUUUCUUGUGAAAUAUAGUCCCAUCAUCCCUACUA